ACCACGCCGACAGCCAUCAUGUCCAGCAGCGACGCUGCAUAGGUUACCUUCAUGAAGGUCAAGAGCAACGGAGCCGUGGUAAAAAAAGAAGAAAGUGCCCACCUUCCAUGACGGAGACUGGAAGGAAUGGCUGGAGUGGCUACUCCGCAUAUCUGAGUGUACUAUGUACACUGCAGACGAUGAAGAAGACCAGCGGUCGUUCAUCGGGGACCUCCAAAUCCUCCUCUUCGACGAGGAUCUGCAGCAGCUUAACGACACCGUGGUUGAAGAGAGUCUUCUACGCCCUGAUGUCGCGCUAGUCGCGUUGCAGCGACUGACCAAAGUUCACUGCCCCGACGGAGCCCGAGGAGUGAUCAUCGACGAAAUGACGACGCUGAAGAAGACGCGCAACAUAAGCGUGCGAGAGUACACCCGUAGCUUCCAAAAGCUAGAGCGCAUGCUCCAGUACAUAACGGACAACGAAGCAGUCCCAACCUCUGACGUGAUAUGCAUGUACAAGAGUGGGAUACCUGUCGACUGGCAGAUCGAGGUUAAUCGAUUGUCCCGCAGUUGGGAUUACCGCGAAUUAAUCCAUCAGCUUGAACUGAUCGACCGCAAUGAACAAGAAGAAGAACGGCUCAGGAGCGGCGGUCGAGGGCAACGCCAGCGUACCGGGCAAGGUGCACAGCAACCCCGGAAGGGUAGAAACGGAGGCCAGGCCCCCAGACAAAACGAGAGCAACUUUCGCUCGCGUGGAAAGCCACGACAGCAGCAGGGUGAUAGAGGAAACGACAAGCACUGCAAGUUCUGCAAGCGAAACAAUCACUCCGACAAUGAGUGCUUGUGCAACCCGGAGUCACCGAGGCGACCCAACAACCAGACUGUCAACAACAGGACGGACGGGAGAAGUCGUGGCAAUGAUCAAAGCUUCGCGGCCAUGCAAGAACAGAUAGCAGAGAUGCCCAGGCUCACUUCGCCGUUGCAACCACCACGCACACUCUGUCCGUAACCGCUGUCCACUCGUCCGCGCGCUCGCCAGCCUCGAUACUGCUGUUCGUUCUGUGUCGAGGCUCGCCGUCCACGCUGCAGGCGUCUUCAGGCGACCUCAGUCCUUUGUUCAUUGUCGUGACCCGAGCAGCGGGUCCGUCAACAGUCGUUCGUUCGUUCGCUUCGUGUCCCCACCUGCUGUGGCGAGUACACCAGUUCGUAUGCUCCUCCUAGCACGUUCGUUCGCUUCAGUUGCUUCUGACGCCGCCG